AACAAGUGACCCAACAACUGCUUUGUUUGCGAAACUGUGUUGUGGUUUCCUUCAUUUUUUUCUCCUUUUCUGAUCCUUCAAAGCAAACCAAGCCAAAGAGAUCAACAAACAGAUUGAGAGCCUUCCUUUUAUAUCUUCCAACAACCUUUUCUUUUUAUAUAUUUCCUGGACAUGAUAGGGACUUGAUUUUUCCAAUGCGAAGAAAUCUAUGGGUAACGACAUAUUAACCACGGUUAACGACAUAUUAACCACAUAUUGCACUGAUACCUUUUACUGGGUGUCAGAGUAGUAUUGUGCUUUCACUAGGAGAAUAUGGAUUAUAAGUCAAUGGUGGGAAUCCAAUCUCAACUUGAAAUGAGUUCAGUAGACAAGAGAUCUAUGAAUGAGUUUGACGAUGAGAAUCUUUUUAGUCCAGAAACUGAUGCUCAGAAGGCAACGUCUACUCAACCAACUGAUCAAAGGUCAUUUCCUGGAACGUUGCAGGCUAAUGGUGAUAAAAUGUUGAUAACUCUUGUUUAUAAGAGUAUAAAGACUGUAGUUUUCUCGAAUAAACUCAACUUGCUUAUGCCCUUUGGGCCUCUAGCGAUUCUUGUCCUUAAAUUGACUGGCAAUCGUGGGUGGGUAUUUUUUCUGAGUCUGUUGGGCAUAACACCUCUGGCUGAGCGUUUAGGUUAUGCCACAGAGCAGCUGGCGUUUUACACUGGCGCAACUGUUGGGGGUCUUUUAAAUGCAACUUUUGGAAAUGCAACAGAACUGAUUAUCUCAAUUUAUGCACUGAAACAUGGAAUGACACGGGUUGUUCAGCAGUCGUUAUUAGGUUCCAUUCUGUCAAAUAUGUUGCUGGUGCUUGGAUGUGCAUUCUUCAGUGGUGGACUUGUCUGUCAUAAGGAACAGGUGUUUAACAAGGCCACUGCUGUUGUGAAUUCAGGAUUGCUAUUAAUGGCAGUCAUGGGCUUACUCUUUCCAGCUGUUCUGCACUACACACAUACUGAGGUGCAUUUCGGAAAGUCAGAGUUGGCACUCUCAAGAUUCAGCAGUUGUGUCAUGCUUCUGGCAUAUGGUGCAUACCUUUAUUUCCAGUUAAAGGGUCAGAAUAAUAUGUAUGAGCCCAUUGUGGAGGAAGGAAAUCAGAAUGGAGAGAUGACAGAUGAUGAUGAAUCUCCAGAGAUCUCUAAAUGGGAAUCGAUAAUUUGGCUUUCAAUCAUGACUGCUUGGAUCUCUAUCCUAUCCGAAUAUUUAGUCAACACUAUAGAGGGAGCAUCUGUUGCAUGGAAAAUUCCUGUUGCAUUUAUCAGUGUGAUUUUGCUUCCCAUUGUGGGUAAUGCUGCAGAGCAUGCAAGUGCUGUCAUGUUUGCCAUGAAGGACAAGCUUGACAUUUCCUUGGGAGUGGCAAUAGGAUCGUCAACACAGAUAUCUAUGUUCGGGAUUCCUUUUACUGUAGUUAUUGGGUGGAUUAUGGGGCGCCAGAUGGAUUUGAACUUUCAACUUUUUGAGACAGCAACACUUUUUAUAACGGUCUUAGUUGUGGCCUUCUUGCUGCAGGAAGGAACUUCUAAUUACUUUAAAGGAUUAAUGCUUAUUCUUUGCUAUCUGAUUGUCGCUGCCAGUUUUUUUGUACAUGUUGAUCCUUCUACAGUAGAUGAUCACAGUUGAACACGUAAUCCGCGAAGAUGUUAAUAGAUGAGGUUGAAUAUCGGUAUAGAUGAUAUAAUGAAGAUGACCAAAUGUAGAAAUGGAAUGAAUUAAGGUCUUCCAAGUAGAUGCAUAGUCACUGAAACUCUCUUUGGUUCAUCAUUCUGUUGUAUAUAUUUCGGUUUUUCAACCAUAGUCCCAUUUUUUUUUUCCAGCUUCUGCUUGUGCUUGUUCAGUGGACUUCAUUGUCCAUAAGUAUCUUGCUGAGCUCGUUUACUUGUAUGCUAAAUUUUCGGUUUAAACAUUUUUUUUUUUUUUUUUUUUGGGGAACUUGGUUGACACACAUGCAGUGUAAUUAAUUGGUUAUAUGCUCUAGACUACCAUGGUAUACAUGUAUCAUUGUUUAUUUGAUUAUCAUAUAUUAAUGUUAAUAUAAUUUAAGUGAA